UCUAGUAAUCUCCCAAAACCCUUUCUCUCACAUCUCCCCAAGAAAAAGUAAUUUCCAACCCCAUAAUUUCCCUAUGAAUCAAUUGAUUCUCCUCUUUUCACUUCUGCUUUCUAUUUUCUGCUAUGUUGAAGCACAAGCACAAUCACCCUCGAACCAGAACAACUCGACUUCUUCGCAAAAUACAUUCAACAAUUUCCAGCCGAGCAUUGCGGUAGUACUUGUGAUCUUGGUUAUAUUGAUUCUAGUGUCCAUAGUCCUGGCUAUGUACACGAAAUUCGGCCGCAGGAUCGGUGUACUUCCCGACAACAAUCGACAAACUCUAACCGGGUUAAUGAGACCGGGUGCAAUAUCAUCCGGGAUCGAUAGGAUAGUGAUCGAGUCGCUUCCGUUUUUCAAGUUCUCUUCCCUCAAAGGGCUAAGGGGAGGGCUGGAAUGCGCGGUUUGUCUCUCCAAAUUCGAAGACGUUGAGGUUCUUCGGUUAUUGCCCAAGUGCAAACACGCGUUUCACAUCAAUUGCGUCGAUCAGUGGCUAGAAAACCACUCCAGUUGUCCUCUUUGCAGGCAGAAAAUCAGCGUGGAUGAUUUAACGUACUCGAAUAGUAUGAGGUUUAUGUCGAGCCAGUCGGAGGUGAGGGGGGACUCGAACGUGGAGCUGUUUGUUCAGAGGGAGGACAGUCGCCGACAUGGGUCUUCCAGAUUUAGCAUUGGAGGCAGUUUUAGGAUAUUCGAAAAGGGUGUCGUAAAGGAAGAUGAGUUGCCAAUCCGAGAAGAUUGCGAAGGCGUUGAGGAAGAUGAUAAGUUUUUCCAUAAGUUCAAUCACAAGAUCAUUAUCUCCGAUGCUGUUCAAACGAAAAAUACUAAUGCUGUGCUGAAGAGCAGGUGGAGCAAUCUUAGUUCCUCCGACCUUCUGUUCUUGAAUUCAGAAAUGCUCGGCGAUGUCUCGAGCAAUAGGUUUCCUCCUCUGGAUUCAAACACGCGAGAAUACUCGACUACACGGGCGACUGAAGAGGGUGGAAUCUCGAAGAUCAAGGAGGAGAUGGAGAGGAAAAGGGAUUUCGAAACCAAGGUUGGUGUGUUAAACCAGAACGAUUCAUACCCAUUAUCAAGUGGAGGUAAUACUUCAAAUCCAAAGAGAAAUUUGCAUCCGAACGAGAAGAGAUCGAUGUCGGAGAUAGCCGUUCAUUCGAGAUUCAAGGAAGCCAAUACGAGGGGUAAUGGUGUAGUCAUGGAAUCCUCUGUUCCUGAUAAUGCUGCCAAGGAGGAAAGAUUGAAGAGGCUUUGGUUGCCGAUUGCGCGAAGAACGGUUCAACGGUAUGCUAAUAGAGAUAAAAAGUCUCAACAAUCGGAUUAUAACACAAGACAAUCAAUGAAUGUGUAGCAUCAAUGAUUAGCUUCUCAAAAUUUCUGUGUUUUAACUGAUGUUUUGGAGGUUGAAGUUCUUCAAUCAGUCCAAGAAAUGUCUCGUUUAGGUCGCGUUAUUUCGUUCGGUAGGACUAGACAUAUACUUUUUGUUGGAUUAUUUCCAGAAUUUCUCAUGAACUCCAUAGAAAGCUUUAUUUUUUAUUUUUCCAAGUUAUUGAUUUAUAGACCCAUAUAUGUCAUGUAAAUUAAUUAUCAAAUAAGAUAAAAAUCGUUCCUCAA